AUGAUUGAUUAAGUGAACAGUGGAAAAUUUUGGAAUAACUAAAAUAUUCCUUAAUUUAAUCAUAUUGAGACUUAGCAAGUUUUAAUCUCAAAUUUUUACAAAUUCGGUAAAAGACUUGGUUAGAAAUGCUUGCGUUCAUACAUUUUAAUUAAGCAAUAUUUGUUAUAUUCUGAUGUAGGGAAUUUUAAGAAUAUUAAAGGAAGUGUUAAAUUGGAUGGGGUCUAUGCAUAAUUUUAAAUAUCUAAUUUAGAAUAUAAGAUAUAUCUCAAAAAUAAUGGAUUUCAAAUUGUUCUUAGUACAGAUGAUGAAAAUCAAUAUGAAUUAUGGGUUAAACUUUUAUCAAACUGUUGUAUAUUGAUAACAUUCAAUGAUGAUAUGAUAUUAGGAAACUUGAUUGGAAAUGGAAGCUUUUCAACAGUAAUUUUGUAUUAUAAUAAGGUUUAUGAGGGGAGAAAUAAAGAAGGAGAUUUAUUUGCUGUAAAAGCAAUCCCUAAAAAGAAAUCAAAAAUUUUAAGAAUCAACUAAUAAUAUGAAGAACAGUUAUUGAGUGAGAUAUCAAGUUUAAGAGAAUUGGAACAUGAACACAUUUUAAAACUUCAUCGAGUUUAUGAGACAGCAGAAAAACUAUAUUUAGUUACUGAAUUUAUUCAUGGUUAUGAAUUAAUCUCAAAAGCUGCCAGCAAAUUCAUAUAUGAGGGAUUUGAGUUGAAAAGCUUUAUUCAUAAAAUGUUAUUGGCAAUAAAAGAGAUGCAUGGACAUAACAUUAUGCAUAGGGAUAUUAAGCCAUAAAAUAUCAUGUUAAAAAAUGGCAAGCUUUCAUUACCAUGUCUUAUAGAUUUUGGGUUCGCUGUAAGUACAAAUAAAAAAGACUUACCAUUUCCAUCUUGCGGUUCUCCUGGGUAUUCAUAACUUAAAUAUUUUAGUUAUUCAGCUCCAGAAAUUAUAAGAUUUAAUGAAACGAAAAAAUACUACAGUAAAUAGUGUGAUAUAUUUAGUUUUGGUAUAACUUUAUUUGUUAUGUAUUUUAAUUAAAUUAUUUUAGGCUCUAUGGAUUCAACCCUUUUAAAUCAUAAGAUUGUAAAUAAACAAUUAAGAGAAAUUCAGAUGCAUAUUUUGAAUUUCCAAGUUCCAUUUAUCCUUAAGAAUGUAUAAAUUUAAACAAUUUCAUAAUUAGUAGAACAUUUAAUUUAAUCAAUGACAAAAAAAUAUCCAAAAGAUCGAAUAUCAGCUGAACAGGCCUUAAAUCAUCCAUUUUUUGAGAUUAAGCUCAAUUAGACUAUUCAAUUACCUAUGGCUAUUCUUACUAAAUAGUAGUAUGAAAUGAGCAAAUACUUUAAUAAUAUUAAUGUUCAUGCAAGUUUAGAAAUGGAUAGGGAAUUUGGAUUAAAUUAUGCCAUUCAAAUAUGUUGUUAAUCUCCUUAAAAUCAAAAGAAUAGAACAAGUACAUUAACUAGUAAUCCAAAUAAAUUAAAAUAAAUUGAUGAAUUUUAAUUAGACUAUUUUUUGGAUUCAAUUGAGAUAUCUCAUAUUGAUAAGCUUAAGUUAGGUUAGAGGCAUUUUUUUAAACAGAAAUCAGUAUUAAACAACACUAAAUUGUGA